AAUCUUUUUACUCAUCUGAGAAAAAGUGCGACAUAUUAAAGAACAAAUGGAGCAUUUUGCGAACCGAUCGACCCAAGCGCAACAGCCUGUCUACACCACAACACCCUACAAUCUAUAUCCUAAUCAGCCACCGUAUAUUGCAAGUUAUCAAGCCGUUCCGCAACAUCAUCCCGUAACAUUUCAGCAAGGUCCAAGCCAUUACUCUCGUCCGUCCAUUGGUACUGGGCAGAUAGCAAAUAAUGUGCAACAACGGCAAGGUGGUCAUGAAGUUGGUGGGAACGGUGUAAAUCGUGGUAGUGUACACCAGGGCAAUGUACCGUCGGGAAGUAUCACACAUCAAGGUAUGCAUCAAUCAGGAACUGUUUCUGCUGAUGGACCGCAUAGUAUUGCUCAAGGCAUUACACCACUGGCAGCUUCACUUACACCACAUCAUUGUAUGCUUUCGUCUCAGGAUAUGCCACUGCGAAUUGUUGUUGAUGCAAGAUAUGUGGGAGCCAUCAUCGGUCAGGGUGGAUCGAGCAUUCGUGAAAUAACGAAAGAAUCCAAAGCACGCUGUGUUGUUGAUGUGCAGAGAGCUGCGCGUGAUCUUACUAAAAAUACUGAAAAGGUUAUAUCCAUUUUGGGGCAGCCGGAGGGUUGUUCAAAAGCAUGCAUCAAAAUUUUAGAAGUUGUGAGGAAGGAAAUGGAAAAAGAUAACACUAUUGCACAACAUCCUGAUAUCGAACUGAAAAUCCGCGCUCAUAAUCAGCUAGUUGGACGUUUGAUUGGCAGAGGUGGUGCCACGAUCAAAAAGAUUAUGGAAGAGACUGGUGCUCAUAUUUAUGUGUCGAAUGAACCGACUUUGGCACGUGAUGCUUAUGCCUUGAUGCCACCCUAUACUGCUUCAUCGUUGUAUGGAUCUGAUGUGUCAGUGCACCUGGAACGAACAGUCACUGUGAAAGCUUCCACAAUGAGUGUUGUUUCUGCAGCGGAACAAAAAAUAAGUCAGAAAUUACGUUUAAGUUUUGAAGCCGAUGUGAAUAGUCGGAUAAUGUUUUCAAGUUCGGGUGCUGCAGCAUCUAUGCCUUUAAUGACGUCUAUGGGCGAAGCAGGUUAUCUGACUGCUGCCACUGGUCUCCCUCCCGCUCAUUAUGUUCGCAAUACGGUUGGUACUACCACAACUGCUGCAAGUCAGCAGCAGGUUCGUACUGUUCACAUGUGGGUACCGAAUAACAUGGUUGGUGCGCUGAUUGGUGCAAAGGGUGCUCACAUACGAAGUGCAAUACGGCUGACAGGUGCGCAACUGCGCAUUGAAGGCGGAGGGAUGAAUAAAGACAAAAAGGAAAACAGAGGAGAAGGAAACAAUGAAAAAAGUGAUAAGGAAAACAGCACCGAAUCGGUAAAGGAGGAAACGGUGGCGGCAAAUGAAAGGGUUAAUGAACCGGGUAAGGAUGAAAAUAACAGCGAUGAAAAACAGAUUGAGAAGAAAGAAGAGAAUGUAGAAAAGACAACAUCACCAAAGUUGGCAAAGGAUAAAGAUAAGGAUGUGCAUGCUGAGGAACGUCUUGUGACGAUUAUUGGCAACGAUCCUCAACAGUACAAAGCACAAUUCUGGAUAUAUCAGCGCAUUGCCGAACAAAGUUGCCACUACAUGGAUGAAGUACGAUUAUGUACUGAAAUUGCUGUGCCGAGCAGACUUGUUGGAAGAAUUAUUGGAAAAGGAGGUCAAAAUGUUCGCGAGCUACAGCGUAUGACGGGAGCACAGGUAAAAAUCCCGGAUGAUACAGGUGAUGAUGAAACCCAAAAAGCAACGAUUGUUCGUGUACUCGGUAAUUUUCAGUCAUCGCAAGCUGUGCAAGCGAGGCUUAGUCAGCUUAUCAAUGAUUUUUCACAGCGACUAAAUAUUGGACCUACCAAUGGGCAAAGUACUUCCAGCACUCAGGGUAUGUACAGAAGCUCAACAUAGGUUCUUCGCCGAGUCUUCAAGAUGGUUAAACACUGUUGGAGAUUGCAAAUUAAAAAAGUGUGCAUUCUCAGCACUUUGAAAAACCAGAAGGAUUAGUGUCAGGUUAUUUGUCGGUGAAUUGUUUUAAUUUAUGAUGCGGAAAUUUGAUUUGUUAUGAGAUUUCUUUUGGACCUGCACUGGAAAAAUAGUCAGAUGUGUGUGUAUGAUAAUGCAUAUAUGCACGUUUUGACAUAUCUUGUAUAUUCUGGCUGUGUCAUUAAUAUUACUAUAACUGUUAUUUGCAAUUUUUAGGCCCAAGGCAGCAGAAUUUACCAAUAUUUGUUGAAUUUUUAAGUUAGGGAAGAGUAGGA